AACAGUUAUUGCAGUCAUUCGCCCCAUAAAAUCUGAAUUGUUUGGCUUAAAGUCAACAAAUGCAUUGCUGCUUACCAGCUGCCCAUUCGGCAGCGUCACAAGUAGGGAAACCAGUUGUCGAAAUUAGCUUAAAUAUAAUUAUGAAUAGACACAUGUGAAUGUAUGUACAUAUGUUUGUAUACAUUUAAUCUCACACUGUUGCUUUGAAAAAAAAUUGUAAAUUAGAUUGGUAGCAGAGCAAAUAUACCAAAACGCGUAAUGUAAAGUAAAUGAAAGUAAAUCAAAUCUACCAAGUACCUCUCCAAGAUCGUCGGUUGCGAUCAAAAAUUAUUGAAAUAUUACAUUCAGUGCGGUUUUCGGGUUAGCCACGCCCGGUGUGAAUUUUAAAUGCGAGUAGAUUUUCUUAUUGAAAUUAUUUGCUUCCCAGUUGAAGUGAAAAAUAAAUAUUUUUGUGCAAAAUGCACUUAAUUCAGUUGUAUAUAGUACUGGUUUUCGUCAACUUUUGUGCCUGUCCAACGGUCUACAACUACAAUGGUGGGUAUGUGCAACAAAAUCAGCAACAAUUCCAUAGAUAUAAGGAACUUAAUACAAUGUACGAAGCGAGAAACUUGGAGUUCGGCUUCCCCAGCGCAGCUGAGCGACAGGCAACGUUACGGGACGGGCGCUACAACCCCGAUAGUGCGCUGCCGAUCGAUGUAGAUGUCUUUUAUACGCCGCCCAAUGGAUCGCCUAUCAUUUUUGUCACAAUACCGCGUUUCGGUAAAGGCAUACCCUAUUCGCUCGCCUACUUGACAAAUGUGCAACGUCCUAAUGGCACUGAGCUGCAGCCGUAUCCCAGCUACGAUUGGCAUUGGUCCCACGGCAAGGACUGUAAUGGACUUACCUCCGUGUGUCGCGUGCAUAUCGAUCCGUGCGGCCGUAUGUGGAUACUUGAUAGCGGUGAGAUAGACAACGAACAGUUUUGUCCACCACAAAUCGUCGUUAUUGAUGUGCCUACAACUCACUUGUUGCAUCGCUAUCGUUUACCUUCGGAAAUGUAUAAAAGCACGGUCAGUCGUUUUGUUACGCCUUAUGUUGAUUGUACCGAUCCACCGCCACGCGGUGAAUGCAAAAAAGUCUUCGUUUAUAUGGCCGAUGCCACCGGUUUCGGUAUUGUUGUAUAUGAUGUGCAAAAUGCCCGUUCUUGGCGCAUAGAAAAUAAAUUCACCUAUCCCGAUCCAGAUUUCAGCACACAUACUAUAGCUGGUGAAAGCUUUGAACUUUUAGAGGGCGCAAUUGGUCUUGCUACAACGCCGUUGGGGUUGGGCUUAAGACGUUCGCUCUACUUUCACUCCUUCUCAAAUGAUGCGCAAGUGGCGAUACCAUUGGCUGUUAUAAACAACAGCACACUCUGGGACUUUGGCUUAGGUUCCGCUAUAGAGCAGUUCAGUGUGCUUGGCAAACGUGGCGUGCAAUGUGGAGCAUCAGCCAUGACCUCAAGUGGUGUGCUCUUGUGUGGCCACUACGAGCCAGUCGGACUGUUCGGCUGGAACAUACGUAACCCUUACACGUUUCAAACGCGCUUUUUGCUGGCUGAGAAUCCCAUUAAGCUGCAAUUCAUAAGCGGUCUAAAGGUAAUAAGAAAUCCUUGGGGAAAGGAAGAGGUUUGGAUGCUUUCAAAUCGUUUACAAAAAGUCUUCACCGGCAAAAUUAAUUACAAUGAGAUUAACUAUCGAAUAAUGCGGUGCGGUUUGCAUGAGUUGCUGCAAGGAAGACCUUGCUGAUGGGUGGGUUAGUGUUUUGGGUAAUUUACUGAAACCUUAGAAUAAUGUUUUAAUUAUAUUUAAGUAGUAUAAUAGAAGAUUUG